ACCACAAGGAGUGAGUAAGAGUUGUCAAGGGUGCACCUGCUCCAGUCGGACGUGUUCCGGAGGCCCGAUGUUGUGCGUGUUGGCUCUGCUUCUGCCGGCCCUGGCAGGAAGCGUCGGGGGCGUCGCUUUGUCGGAGCCCACCGAGAGGAACUGUUCAAUCUCCCCGCCGUACGUUCCCGGCACAGCCGUCGACAGCGGUCUCCGGCUGCGCCACUUGCGAGAGCGGAUGCUGGCCUCCGAAAUCUCCGCCUACAUCAUCCCUGGCACCGACGCCCACCUGAGCGAGUACAUCGCACCACGCGACGCCAGGGUGGCCUUCAUGACGGGCUUCACGGGCUCGGCAGGCACGGCCGUGGUCACGGCGAGCAAAGCGGCGCUGUGGACGGACAGCCGCUACUGGGUCCAAGCGGAGAGGCAGAUGGACUGCAACUGGGAGCUGCAAAGAGACGCGUCGGUCGGCAGCGUGGCGGCGUGGCUGAUCUCGGAGGUCCCUCGCGGGGGGCGCAUCGGCUUCGAUCCCUUCCUCUUCUCCCUCAAGACGCAGGAAGACUACGGAUUGAGUCUGGAGUCGAGCAAUCGGAGCCUGGAGUCGAUGCCCGGCAACCUGGUGGACCAGGUGUGGAAGGAGAGACCGCCCGUCCGGCCCGACGGCCUCAUCCGCCUGCCGGACAGUGUCAUACAACGGUCCUGGCAGACGAAAGUGGAGCAAAUCCGGAAUCAGAUGACGGAGAACCCGUACGAGCCCACCGCGCUCCUGCUGUCGGCGCUGGACGAAACGGCCUGGCUGUUUAACAUGCGCGGCGCCGACAUCCCGUACAACCCUUUCUUCUACUCGUACACUCUGCUGACCUUGGAUGAGAUCUGGCUGUUUGUGCACACGGAAAGAGUGACGGAGGAGCUGAGGGCGUACCUGAACGCGUCGUGCCACGGCCCGCUCUGCGUGCGUCUGCGGAGCUACGACGCCGUCUCGGCCGACCUCGAGGCGUACUUGAGGGGCCGGCCGGGGGCCAAAGUGUGGAUCGGCGCCGAGUACACCAACUACGCGCUUUAUGAGAUCAUCAAGGCCGAGGACAAACUCAUGAGCACGUCCUAUUCUCCCGUGUUGACCACCAAAGCUGUGAAAGACGAGACCGAGCGGCGCAUCUUACGGGACGCCCACGUGAGAGACGCGGCGGCCGUCAUGCAGCUCCUCACGUGGUUGGAGACGGCGGCGCCGAACGGGGCCGAGACGGAGCUGAGCGCCUCCGCCUACGUGGACCGCUGUCGCAGCAAACAGAAGGACAACAUGGGCCCCAGUUUCGAGACCAUAUCUGCGAGCGGACCCAACGCCGCGCUGGCGCAUUACAGCCCGACGGAAGAAAGCGACAGGAAGCUGACGGCGGACGAGAUGUACCUGGUGGACUCCGGCGGCCAGUACCUCGACGGGACCACCGACAUCACGAGGACGGUCCACUGGGGGACGCCCACCGCCACGCAAAAGGAGGCCUUCACUAGAGUGCUGAUGGGGAAUAUUGAAAUAUCGCGAACCAUAUUUCCUUCCGGGACCAGAGGCGUCAACAUGGAGAUGCUGGGCCGCAGAGCAUUGUGGGAAGUGGGCCUCAACUACGGCCACGGCACAGGACACGGCGUGGGCAAUUAUUUCGGAGUUCAUGAGUGGCCUGUUGGUUUUCAGAGCAACAACAUCCCCUUCAGGGAAGGCAUGUUCACAUCCAUAGAACCCGGUUAUUACAAGGAGAACGACUUCGGGAUCCGCAUUGAGGACGUCGCGGUGGUUGUGCCCGCUCACACAAAGUACGGCCGCAACUACUUGACGUUCGAGACGGUGUCCUUGGUUCCGUACGACAGGAAAUUGAUUGACGCCUCUCUUCUGAGCCCGGUCCAGCUGCAGUGGUUGAACGACUACUACGAGACCAUCCGUAGGCUGAUGGGUCCCGAGCUGGACCGCCAAGGCCUCCACGAGGAGAAACGCUGGAUGCUGAAGAACACGGAACCGUUUGCGCAGUCCGGGUCCUCCUCGCCCCGCCCCUCGUCCUCGCUCGGCCUGGUCGCUUUCGUUGCGGCGGCGCUGUUCAGUUUAGCGCGCUAAACGUUGUACAUCGGGGGGGCAGUGAAAUGUGUGCGCUGACAUUUUUAAAUCCGACGAUGAUCUCUUGGAUCAAUUUAAUGCUUUUGAAGCUAUUUAUGUAAUCAUGCUGCUCAAGUUAUUUAUUAGAUUUGUUGUUACGGUCGAGGUAAACGUGACAAAUUCCGCUUACGUCAAGGGUGUCAAACUCAUUUUUAUCGCGGGCCGGUUUCGGUCAGAGGGCCAUAACUACUGAAACCAAGAAAAUCUUUAAUUGACCCAUCAUAUCAAUUAAUUAUCAAUAUUGGGAUCAGAAAUGGGUUUUUCAAUUAUUCUUGAUGUUUGGUAACACAAAAAUGCUCACAAUAUCUCUACGUCAUCGCUCAUGAUAUGACAGUUUGAAAUUUUGGUUCGAAUUUGAACAAAAAUCCCGGAAGUUGAUAUACAUGAUUUUGCCUACGCGGGCCACAUGAAAUCAUGUGGCGGCCUGCAUCUGGCCCCCGGGGCCUUGAGUUUGACACCCAUGCCUUACAUGAAGUAAUUUUAUUUUACCCGGCAACAAGAAGUAAACGUUAUUUGUAUCCCGCUACGAUGUUUACUUGCAGAUCCGCCAAAUAAACGACUAUGUGAU